AUGGCGCCUCCAUUGCUCAAGGCGACGACUUCAACGGUCAACUCACGCGUCUCGCUCAUCUCAGAAGUCAAGGCUGAGCCAGACCUGCCGUCGAGCUCUUCCUACACCUCACUGCUCAAGGCAGAGGACGACGAACCACUUGUCAAGCUGGAGGACACCACGCCGAUUCUGCCUUCCUCUGGCUCGGCCACGCCCAAGAAAGGUCUUCCCUUGGCCAAGAGGUCAAAGGCGCACCCCGAACCUGCCAAGUGGCGCGAGCAGUAUGCGCUGAUUGAGCGAAUGCGAGCUGGCAUCGAUGCACCAGUCGACACCAUGGGUUGCGAGCGACCGCGAACCGCCGAGGGACUGGAUGCAAAGACCAAAGACGCCGUCACGUCGCAGGCCGUGCUCAACCUGCACAACGCUCUACCAGGAGGGCUCUCCGCAGAAACGCUUGCCAUAGCUCCUGCCGACAUUGUGUCCGAAGCCAUUAGCAAGGUCGGCUUCUGGCGUCGAAAGUCCGAGUAUAUUCAGGCAGCAGCGCGCAAGCUCCUCGAACGACCAGGAGACGGCAAAGGCGAUGUGCCCCAGACCAUUGAGGAGUUAUGUGAGCUCAAGGGUGUGGGGCCAAAAAUGGGCUUCUUGGCACUUCAAGUUGCCUGGGACAUCAAUGCUGGUAUUGGUGUAGACGUCCACGUACAUCGCAUCACAAACCGCCUCAAGUGGCACAAGCCGCCAACCAAGACGCCAGAAGAGACCAGGCAGGUUGAAAACCGCUAUACAGUGCUCACUCUCAGGAUCAAUCUCGAGUCGUGGCUUCCAUCUGAGCUGCACAAGCCUAUCAACCCAAUGCUCGUGGGAUUUGGUCAGCAAAAGCUCUGUCCUUCACGUGUGGCCGUCAAUGCUGGGAAUCGCAAGCAAGUUGCAUACACGUUCACUGCAGAGGAUGAAGUGAACGGCAGACCCAAGGUUGAGAUUGCGUACGAGGAGGACGUCAAAGUGGAAGCUGUGAAAAUGGAGCCAACUGAGGGAGUUGAGCCCACUGUUAAGGAAGAACCCGUAUAG